CGAAGAUGAAGAACAGAGCUUCUGUGUUCUUGAAGCAGCUCAUCUCUGUGUUGAGCUCCGUGGUGAAGGCCAAAUCCUUGGCUCUGAAGAACAAGACGAGCGCCAUGAAGAGUCGCCUCAUAAUCUUAUCUUUUUUGAAGAAUAAAAAGAUCUUGUUGUCUUCCAUCACUCACAAGCUCCAUGCUUUGGUCCCCCACCACCACCAUCAAGCAGCUGGAUCAGGCACUGUCGACCAACACGGCAGCUGCAGCUGCGACGUCGUCCAAAACAGCAAUAAUAAUGCCGCCGCCAUUGUGCUCUACCAUGCAGCUGCGGCGACUAACGAGCUGUCGCACUCCAACUCAUCCUACCAUCAUCCGAGUUGCACCGAGUUGGUGAAGGAGGGACUGGGAGAGGGUGGUGAUGAUCAUGACUACGACGAUGAUGAUGACAAAUACCCGGAUUUGACGCACUCGUUGUUCGAAUCGGAGGCGGAAGGGGAGGAUGAGUUGGAUCUGGGUGAACCGGGAGGAUCGGUCAUAGAUCUGGUGAGAAACUGCAGGGGAGAUCAGGGAGAGAAUUUCAAACUUGAAGACGAGAUUGAUCAAGUUGCCGACUUGUUCAUCAGGAGAUUCCAUCGACAGAUGAAAAUGCAGAAGCAAGAGUCCUUCAAAAGGUAUCGAGAGAUGCUCGAGAGAAGCGUCUGAUUCUCUCUCUCUCUCUCUCAACCUAUCCACUCUU